AUGGGUGGCAUCAUGUCUUGUAUCCGCUCCGUCUUCCAGACCAUCGGCGACGCCAUCAUGGCCGUCAUCAGCGGCAUCGGCAACAUCAUCCACGCCCUCAUCAGCGCCGUCGUCCGCUUCUGCGGCAUCAUUGUCAGCUUCCUGACCUGCGGUUACUGCGGCAGCCGCUCCGGACGAGCCCGUCGACGCACCGGUAGACACAUGCGGACGACGAGGGUCUAG